CACAUUUCACUCUGAAGCCGAGACGUGUAUCACAAUGGCAGAAGACACGCACGAAGUCCCACAACUUGAGUUAGAGGCUGUUAUUGGCUUUAAUGGGCAUGUGUUUUCUGGACUCAAAGUACAUCCAGACAGAGAGCAUCUCAUUUACCCUCUGGGCUGCACUGUUAUAAUUAAGAGUCUGAGAAGUGGAAAGCAAGCUUUCCUUCAUGGCCACACAAACAAUGUCUCCUGCAUUGCUGUGUCCAAAAGUGGACGCUACAUUGCAUCUGGACAGGUCACUUUCAUGGGCUUUAAGGCUGAUGUUAUUAUCUGGGACUAUGAGAAGCUGGAGAUUUAUACCCGUCUCGUGCUCCAUAAAGCUAAAGUUGAAGAUCUCAGCUUCUCCCCAAAUGAAAAGUAUCUAGUAACUCUGGGCGGCCAAGAUGAUGCAAGUAUUGUGGUGUGGAACAUCAAGAGUAAGGAGGCAAUCUGUGGUAGUCCUGCUUCAGCACAGAGUGCUGGUCACUGCCUCACCAUCGAGUACACCAACCUGAGUGAUGAAAUCUUUGUCUCUGCUGGAAAUGGAACUCUACGUGUGUGGGAGCUCGAUUUGGCCAACAGGAAGAUCCGAGCCACAGAAUGUCAGACAGGGCAGCUCAAGAGAAUUGUCAAAUGUAUUGAGAUCCCAAAGGAUGAUAGUUAUUUCUACUGUGGAACAACUAGUGGGGAUAUUCUGAAAGUGAACCUAAAGACUAGGUUGCUCAACAGCUACGGUCCUGUUAAACAAAAGUUUAGCAAGGGAGUGAACACUCUGAAAGUUCUUAACACUGGUGAUAUUUUAGUCGGAUCAGGAGAUGGCAUGUUAAAUAUGUGCUCAGGAGGAAAUUUCAAAACCAUUAAAAGUGUCCAGUUGGAAGGAGGGGUGACCUCAGUAACCUUGCGCGGAGAGGGGCAACAGUUCCUCAUUGGAACAGAAUCAGCACAGAUCUACAGUUUUGGCUACACUGACUUCAAACCAGAGCUCAUUGCCACCAAUCAUAGCAGUGCUGUAAAAGAUGUGGCCUUUCCUUUUGGGACUUCAGAGCUCUUUGCCACCUGUUCACAGAAUGAUAUCAGGGUGUGGCAUGCUGAGACCUCCAAGGAGCUUCUGCGUAUCACGGUGCCUAACAUAACCUGCAAUGCUCUGGGCUUCAUGCAAGAUGGCAGGAGCAUCUUCAGUGCUUGGAAUGAUGGGAAGAUUCGGGUGUUCACCCCUGAGAGUGGGAAACUGAGGCUGAUAAUUCAUAAUGCCCACAGUAUGGGAGUGACUGCCAUAGCAGCAACCAAUGACUGCAAGAGGAUUAUCAGUGGAGGGGGAGAAGGACAGGUGAGGCUCUGGGAGAUAUUCCAGAAAUCUUAUCGACUCAUUGAGACCAUGAAGGAGCACAAAGCCACUGUUAACUGCAUUAAGAUCAAGAGUAAUGACAAGGAGUGUGUGACAGCCAGCUCUGAUGGAGCCUGCAUCAUCUGGGACCUGGUGAGGUUUGUGAGGAAUCACAUGGUUUUGGCCAACACCUUGUUCAGUGUUGUGUGCUACCACCCUGAAGAAUACCAGAUCAUCACUAGCGGCACUGAUAGAAAGAUUGGCUACUGGGAGGUGUAUGAUGGUUCUGCAAUCAGAGAACUUGAGGGUUCCUUGUCUGGGGCUAUAAAUGGCAUGCACAUUUCUGAGGAUGGAAAAUAUUUUGUGACUGGUGGAGAUGAUAAACUAUUGAAGCUCUGGCUCUACUCUGAUGGUGAAGUGACCCACGUUGGUAUCGGCCACAGUGGCAGCAUCACAAAUGUGAAGAUUUGUCCCAACAGCAAAUAUAUUGUCAGCACCAGUGCUGAUGGAUCUGUCCUACGAUGGAAAUAUCCACAAACCUCAUAGAACCCUAAACAGAUCAUCUGACACUGUUCUUGAACACUGCAUUUCAAUGGAUAUCUCUGUUAAAGAGAACUUUACAGAUUUCUGCUGCUGUUGUUGUUGUUGUUUUUUAUUAACAUUUUUUUCUUACAUUUUAAUACAAAACUUAUGUCUGACAUUGGCUACAUUUAUAAACAGAUAAUUAUAUUGCUGUUACAUGUCUUAUUUACAGCAAGAGCAAUGCAUACAUGAUGUAUGGCCAUUUGGAUUACAUUUACUAUAUAGGCCAUAAAAUGAGAAAGUAAUUUGGCACUAUAAUCUGCAGUAGCAUAUUAUAUAAUAAAUUAUUUUACUAUCGUAGAACCAAAAAGAUAGAUGAGUACCUGGGUUCUUUUUCCUGCAAAUACUGUAAUUGUAUAACAAAUUAGGUUAUGAAUACUUAUGAGAUUUAAAGGUACCAUUAAACAGUCCGAUUCCAGUCAUUUUAUAGUGAUAAAGCAGCCUAGAGCCCCAGAUUCUGAGGACUUUUUGUGAACUGCACUGUCAGCUAAUAUAUCACCUGAGAAUCUCCAGAGAACUGGCGGGGAGAGGUUUAUAGAAGCAUCGCACGACGUGAACCCAGCAUCUGGAUGUGCCUGUCCCACAUUUCCUCUCACCUCAAGGAACAGUCUCAAUAAUGAAUAUCUUAACACCCUACGAUAGAGACAUUCAUAUUCAGUUAGAAAUGUGUUGCCCAUUUUGCCAGUAGAUAAAGAUGGUUUUGCACAAGAUUUCAAGAGCAGUCAGAUCAGCUAACCUUGUUGCUAAUAUAAGGAAUUAAGUUAGACAGUGUCAUAAUUGGUGUUCCAAUAACAACUGUUUUCAAUAGUCAUAUUUACUGUAUUAAUUUGUCAGACUUUUUGGGCUUGCAUGUAAGUUGUCUGAUAAUAACAAUGCCCCAUCAUGCUUGACACUUGAUAAACCUGUACCUGAGUGUCUAUAAGAUUAGGAUCAUAUGAAAAUUGA